AUGAAGCACUGCCUCGUUCUCGCUCCCUUUCUUCUUUCUUCCGCGGUUGCCUUUACCGCUGUCAACCAGCAAUUCCAAGCCUUUGUGAAGGCACCAGGCAGCACUACUGCCUUGAAGGUUGCCAAUUUCGAUUACCACGGCACCAGUGACCGCAUUGGAGAAGCCUACAAAGAAUGGUGUCGUGUGUACAACAAGACUGAUCAGUCAAGACUGGAGAUCUUUGCCUACCACUUUUUGUUGGCCGAGAAGUUCUUUGGGCAAACUGGAGCUCCUAUUAAGCUAAAUGAAUUCGCCGACUUGACUUCGGCCGAGUACAUGGCCCUUCAAGAGAAAGGAAGCUUGCCACAGGUGGCACCACCUACCGAGGUGGUUGUCUCCGAAACUAAGGCAUCCGACUACGCAGUUCCCGAACCCGUUGCACCAGCCAACUACGGAACUUCUGCAGCGUCUUAUUUGGAUGCUUUGAGUUCCCAAAGUCAAGCCUCCAACACUCUUUCUGGUGCUGGUAUGACUUCCUACUUGGACACUGUUCCCACGAAUGGAUCCAUUUUGGGAGGCUCUGGCAUGACUUCCUAUUUGGAUACCGUGUCGGGGGCUGCACCUUUGUCCAACGCCUAUGCUACCGGUACUUCUUCACCACCACCUGCUCCAGCCGCAUAUGUUGCCCCCGCGCCCUAUGUUCCUCCUCCUGCAGCCGCGGCACCACCAGCCCCAGCAGCUCCUUCCACUCCCGUAGCCAGUUCUGGGAACUACAUGGACAAUUUGUCGUCUGCUUCCUCGACUACACGUGGAGCUGGCAUUAAAUCUUAUUUGGAUUCCGUCCCCGCCAACGCGGCUGUCCGUGGUUCUGGCAUGACUUCCUACUUGGAUUCGGUCGCUGGCAGCACUUAUACUCCUUUUCAAGCCCCAGCAGCAGCGGCAGCUCCUCAGCCAUAUGUUCCACCACCUGCUCAACCAUAUGUUCCACCUCCUGCGCCAGCUGCUGAAGUUGCCCAGCCCGUUGCUCCUCCACCAGCACCGGCCCAACCCUACGUUCCUGCCGAAUCCAACACCGUUGCUUCUCGUGGUGGAAACUACAUGGACAACCUUUCGACUUCUGCCGGUUCUACUACUCCUCGAGGAGCUGGUAUUUCCAGUUAUUUGGAUACUGUCUCCAGCAAUUCUGCCCGUCAAGGUGGUGUUGGUAUGACUUCCUAUUUGAACAAUAUGGGAAAAGCUUCUGACUUUGCAACUAUCGAGACUACUGGUACACCUGUAGCUCCCUAUGUUCCUCCACCACCAGCUACUACCCCACCACCGGCUGCUGCUGUUCCCCAACCAGUUCAACAGGCUGCUGCUGCUCCCCAACCAGUCCAACAGCCGGUUGCUCCAGCUGCUCCAGUCGCACCUUUGGUGGUUCCCCAAAGGUCUCCUUCUUAUGUUCCACCUCGCCAAUCGAGGAACGUUCCCGGUGGUCACUGGAUGGAUACCGUGACUCCCAUCAGCUCGUAUGGAUCUCACGGAGUCAAUGGCGAAUGGGAUGACAGCAACUACCAAGCUGCCAAUGAUCGUUACAACCGCCGUCGAGCUGCCAAAAACUACCAACAGGCACAGGCCGCAGCCUACACGGUUGGACAACAAUAUCAAAAGCAGCCUUCCUACAAGGAAGAGUCGUCCUCGUCCUCUUCGUCUCAAGAACCCAUUGAACCCUUGGCCGAGCGUGUGCAACGUCGUCAAAAGCGUCAAAUAGAGACUUUUGGAGGAGGUUUCAUUAUUUCUUAA